AUGCUUACAGCGUACAGUAUGAAGUACUACUGCACCAAUGUCGAUUCUAUCGAACGCUGGAUCGACAUCUGGCUUUGCAGUCAAGACCGUCUCGAGGCUGUUCUCGAAAUUGAAAAGGAAAUCACCAUCACCGGAUUCCGGUCCCGCGAUGUGCGGUUCCCAACGUCGCUCGACGGAACGGGCUCCGACGCCAUGAACGUCGCCUGCGACUACUCGGCUGCGUACUGCAUCCUCGAGACCGAUACAAGGUACUCGGGUCACGGAAUGACCUUCACCAUCGGCCGCGGCAACGACAUUGUCUGCGCCGCCAUCAACCACGUCGCUCGGCGCCUCCGUGGCAGGACGCUGUCCUCGCUCGUCGCCAACAUGGGAGAGACGUGGCGCCACCUCGUCUCCGACAGCCAGCUGCGGUGGAUCGGGCCUGAAAAGGGCGUCAUACACCUCGCCCUCGGCGCCGUCGUCAACGCACUCUGGGACCUCUGGGCCAAGGUGCUCGCCAAGCCCGUCUGGCGCAUCGUCGUCGACAUGGGCCCCGAGGAAUUCGUCCGCUGCAUCGACUUCCGCUACAUACUCGACGCCAUCACGCCCGAGGAAGCCGUCGACAUGCUGCGGGGCGAGGAGGGUAGCAAGGCCGACCGGCUGCGCGACGCGCUCAACAGCCGUGCGGUGCCCGCCUACACGACGAGCGCCGGCUGGCUCGGCUACGGAGACGACAAGAUGAAGUCGCUUCUACGCGCCACCCUGGACCAAGGCUAUCGGCACUUCAAGCUCAAGGUCGGCGGCAGCGUCGAAGACGACCGUCGGAGGCUGUCCCUCGCCCGGCAAGUCAUCGGAUACGACGACGGCAAUGUUCUCAUGGUCGACGCCAACCAGGUCUGGUCGGUGCCUGACGCCAUCGCCCACAUGCGGCAGCUCGCGGACUUCAAACCCUGGUUCAUCGAGGAGCCGACAUCGCCCGACGACAUCCUCGGCCACCGGACGAUCCGCGAGGCCCUCAAACCGUACGGCAUCGGGGUUGCGACGGGCGAGAUGUGCCAGAACCGAGUCGUUUUCAAGCAGCUGCUCAUGGCCGGCGCCAUUGACGUCUGCCAGAUCGACGCCUGUCGUCUCGGCGGCGUCAACGAGGUCCUCGCCGUCCUGCUCAUGGCCAAGAAGUACGGCGUCCCGGUUGUGCCGCAUUCCGGAGGCGUUGGCCUGCCCGAGUACACGCAGCACCUCAGCACAAUCGACUACGUUGUCGUCAGUGGCAAGCGAUCGGUCCUCGAGCACGUCGACCACCUGCACGAGCAUUUCCUGCACCCAUCCAUCAUCAAGGAUGGAUACUACAAGACGCCGACCGAGCCGGGGUACAGCGUUGAGAUGAAAGCGGAGAGCAUGGAGCGAUAUGCGUACCCGGGAGAAGUAGGCGUCAGCUGGUGGACGAGUGACGAGGCAAAGACGAUCCUGGACGGCGAAAAGGUGUAG